AUGUCUCAGAAACCGAUCUUCGUGGUCACCCAUCCGAGAGCAUGCUCUACGGCUUUUGAACGAGUCUUCAUGACUCGUCGGACUGAUAUCCGAUGCAUUCACGAACCCUUUGGGGAUGCCUUUUACUACGGCCCGGAAAGGCUCAGUGCUAGAUUUGCACACGACGAACAGGCCCGUCUGGAUAGCGGCUUCAGCAAGUCCACCUUCAAGACGGUGCUCGAUAGAAUCGACCUUGAAGCUUCAGAGGAUGAGAACAAAAGAGUCUUCAUCAAAGACAUCAUCCACUACCUCCUUCCUCCGGAUGGCAAGCCCGCCAGCAUCGCCCCUUCGUUGAACAGAAUCAAGCGCGGCGUAGGCACUGAGGGUAUCACCAACGGAGCAAACGGCUCGGCCAAUGGCCACGCGGAGGAGAUGAACGGGGUGGCAAAUGGCCAUAUUGCGACCGUGAACGGAGCAGCAAGCCUGGACCAGGAACCCUACCCGUAUGCCACAGAGGCAGAACCGGGUAAUCCCACCGUGAUGCCCACGGAAAUCAUGGCCCAGUUCCAUUUUGCCUUCCUCAUCCGGGACCCGCACUUCAGUGUUCCCUCGUACUUCCGUUGUACCAUCCCUCCCCUGGACGAGGUGACAGGGUUCCAUGAGUAUUAUCCCAACGAGGCCGGGUACGACGAGGUGCGUCGGGUGUUUGACCACCUGCGCAAUGUGCGUCUCAUUGGCCCGCAUGUCGCCACGCGCGAAGACGAGGACGACGACAGCCUCAAGCCCGUGGUGAACGGCAACGGGGCCCUGCACGAGUCCGGAGCUGAGAUCUGUGUCGUCGACGCAGACGACAUGCUCGAGAAGCCGGCACCCAUGAUUGAGGCCUUCUGCCGCAGCGUCGGCCUCGAGUAUACCCCUGCCAUGUUGAACUGGGAUACCGAUGAAGACCACCAGGUUGCCCGGGAUGCCUUUGAGAAGUGGAGGGGAUUUCACAACGAUGCCAUCGAGUCUAGGGGGUUGGUAGCUAGAACACACAAACGCCCCGUCAAAACCGAAGCCCAGUUCGACGCAGAAUGGCGAGAGAAAUACGGCGAGAAAGCCGCUGCCAUCAUCCGCAAGACCGUCGACGACAACAUGGCGGAUUACCUCUACAUGAAGCAAUUCGCCAUGCGGGUGUAG